AUGUCUCAACCAGCUCCCAUACUAAGCAUCGAAAAGCACUUUCGUUAUGGUAUGAAUGCUAAAGAAACGUUAUUCAAUGAAUACUUCAAAGUAUGGCAGACGAGAGAGCCGCAAUGGAAAAAUCGUCUUGGGGAUGGGUGGAAAAUAUCAAAGACUUUGGGUGCGGGCGCCGGGGGUGGGGCUUCACUUUGGGAGUGGCGUGGUGAUCCAAAGGCAAAAAAUGCGCCGAAGUUAAAGCAAGUGGUUGUCAAACUUGUGUACGAUGGCUAUGAGAAAUACCCAAACUCCUAUACUGGUCUGCGAGGUGAAGCAGCUUUCUUAGACCUGUUGAGAAAGGUUCCGACGAAGCACAUUGUUCAUAUGUACGGUCCCCCCAAAAUGGAUGACAGAGGACAUGUAAUGUAUUUCCUCGAAAUGUGCCCCGGGGGAGCUUUAUCAUCUUUACUGGACAAACACAUCGAUCAAGGGCUGAAGUUUCCUGUCUCGGAGACUGAUAUGUGGUCGGUUUUUCAUUGUUUGGCUCAAGCUGUAACAGUAUUAGAUCGUGGAGCGGAAGAUCACAGCAAGGCAUUGUGGGAUAAAGAUGAGAUUGGUCAUUAUGACAUGAUCACAAGCAAUGUACUCAUUGGAUAUUGCGAUAAAGUACAUAGGCGCUGCCCUGCCGUAAAGAUCGGAGACUUCGGAGAUGCAAUGGAAGUUAGAAGAUUAGAGCAUCAAAACGAUGACACUGCUAAGAUAGAUAGACAAGAGAGGGGUGCCAUAGCAUGUCGACCUCCUGAACAAAGAGAUAUUGACGUUGAUCAUCCACGCCACGGAACUUGCUCUAAUGUUUACAUGGUUGGGCUCAUCAUGCUAGGCCUACUGGACAGCCAAGUAGCUGUUUUUAUGCCCUCCCAAGGCUACACGGUGAAUUAUAAUGAGAGGCUUAGAAAUGGUUUAAACAUGGCAUAUUAUCUUGAUGAUGAGAAGGAUAUCAAAAAUGCGUAUUCGCAGAUGCUCAGAGCAUUGAUUAUGGAAUGUUGUAUGAAAGAACCGCUGUUACGACCUAGAGCAUUUGAGCUGCAAGAAAGAACCGGAAUGAUGUUUCAGCUGGUCCAAAAUGAGUUGAUAGCGGAUACUCUUGGAAAUCAUGCUUGUCCUGGUUUGGCGACCGAGAACGUUUUGCUGGAAGACUUGGAACCACCUGAAGAAUGGCUGAUAUAA